AUGACCCUUUAUUUUGUUCCCGUGAUCAAAUUGAGGAAAUUCAAAAAUAAUAAAGCGCAAUGGCUAAAAUUGAAAAAGUUGAAAUAGAGUUACAUGAAGAUUCAAUUGACAGUGAUGAUAGAGAAUUUUUGGAUUUAGUAGAAGAACCUGCAUAUGGAAGUGUAACCGGCGAAAGACCACAAUUAGUAACUCACACGUAUUUAGAAGGUAAUGAAGACGAGGACAGUUCAUCUUAUAACUUUAGAGAUUUAUCUGGUUCUGUGGCUUACAAGAUAGUGCAAAUGGAUGAAGAAGAGCCAACAAACAAUAUGACUUCAGAAUCACCAACUCAUCUUAUUCCAAGUGGAGAAUUUUAUAUCAUAAAUAACCCAGUAGAGGUUUUUAGCUCAGAUUCUCAAAAGAAACCAAUCAAACGACAACCAUUGCAAGCUAAAGCUGCUACUGCUAAGAAGCGUGAUGAUAAAAGAAGAGCUACCCACAAUGAAGUUGAAAGGCGGAGAAGGGACAAAAUUAACAGCUGGAUUACAAAGAUAGCAGACAUGAUACCUAACUGUGGCCAAGCAGACACUGCCAGUAAAGGAGGAAUACUCGCAAAAGCAUGUGACCACAUUGCUGAUCUCACUAUGAAGACUAAGAAAUUAGAACAAGUUGAAAAAGAGAAUGCCAAGCUAGUACUAGAAGUGUUAAGGCUUAACAAAGAGCUGUCAGAAUUACGAAAAGAGAACUCUUCAAUGCGUAUACAGUUGGCUGACAACUGUAUAGUAGCAAAUUUACAACGGGCCAAAGGACAAAAGUCCUAGUGUAUAUGAUGAUAGUGACUUUGUGGAUUGUGAAGUGUUAUGUUUACAAUUGAAGUGGUUUUGGUUGAUUUCAUCCUAAGGCCCAAGAGUGUGUUGUGACAAUUUGGUAGAUAAUGAAUAAUAAUACAAAUAGUAGAUUAAAUGAAAUAAGGUAAAGUUAAUAAACAUUUAAGUCUACAUGACACACUACCUUUUAAGGUCUACUUUAACUUAAACUAAAUCAGUUUUCACUAUUUUACCGAAUGUGUCUUGUCAAAUCAUGUUUAGGUUGUUAGGAAAAGAGACAGAAACGGUGAAAAACUGAUUUAGUUUAGAUUAAAAAUAUUUUUUUUAUAUUUUCUUUUCUUUUCUUUACAACAAAGUUUUUAUAUUACAAAUCAGUUCUGGUUGUGAGUUUUACUACAACUGAUUGUAAUAUGGUAAUCCUAGACUAAUACAUCAUUUGAGCAUCUCAGAACUGUUUCAUUUUUUUUAUGGUGGGCUUUAGGAUAGAUAUCUGUAGCAAUUAAAAAAAUAUUUCCUAAUGUUAUUUCUUUUGUUUAGUCUAAUAGUGUGAGGAGCUGGGUUUAUGCGCUCCAUGCUAACACUUCAAACAAAUUUUACUAUAUUUAUAUGAUGUUGCUUUAUAAGUUACCAUCAUUAUAAUUCUUUUAAAUUAAUUUAAGAAAGUUUUUAAUUUAAACUGCAUGCAAAUUUAUUUUACUUUAUUUAUAACAUUUAUAUCUCAAAAGUUUGAUGAUUGAGAUGUAAUUGUCAACUUUAAAAGAAAUUAAAUAAUUGGUUCGAUUAGGAGAUUCAAAGCAAAGUUUUAUGAACUACAGGGCACCUAAAUAAUGGCAGCCGUAAUGGGCUAACUUUGGCUGGCAUUGGCAAAAAAUCUUUGACCAAUCUCUAUAACUUAUGUAGUACAAAUGCUUUUAACGAAUAUUUUAAAAUAAUAGUUAUAAAGUUACUCAUGAAAGGACACUUUAUUACUUUAUGUAAUUUAAAUUAUAGAGAUUGGACAUGAUAACAAAGCCAUUCUGUUCAAUUUGAACAUUAUUUAUAAGAUUAAUUAGAUUGUAGUAUUUUUUUUACACCAGAGUAAGUUUAGGUUUUUGUAAAAUCAUGUUGUCUUUUUUAUUGAAAUUCUAAAUUUUUAUGAAUGUGUUUUGGAUUGGUGAAAUUGUGAAAAUAGUGUAACAAAAUGUCAGGCGGUGUUGCUAGUUAACAAUUAAAGCUGUUUCGGUAUGAAAGUUAUAUAAUUCCACUAAGGUUCGCGGAGCUUCAUAGGUUUUAUUACUAGUUUUAAUUUAAAAUUAUUUUUUUAUGAAUAGCUUCAAUCAUAUUUGAUAAACCAAAUAACAAUUGAAAGCUACCAGAUAAAACUUUAAGUUUAACCCCAACAUUGUGGCUCUAAAUGGUGAUCUUUAUCAUAAAAGUAUUAUUUCUCAAUCAAUUUGAUUAUGAAUUUGCAGCGCCGUUGUUAUAUAGAAGUGCCUAUGUGUAUGAGACCAUUGUUAUUUUUGUAUAUAAUUGUUCCAUAUCACUACAAUCUAAUGGCACUGAUGAGAUAAUUAUUAGUGCUCUUAGGUAUAAGCGUUCAUGAAUAAAUUAUAUGACGUUGUAGA